UUUAUAUCCGGAAGGAGCAUGUGUCAUCACACUUUACGCUAAUCCUGGGACGUUUGCAAACCCGGCUCCGGGGCAGUUGGCUCCACGCCCGGUGGGGCGUUCGAGGGCUCCGGCCUCGCAGUGCUCCCGGGGCCGGCCGGCGGGUAGCCGAGUGGCCUUUAUCUCUGUCCCCCUUUGUCCUCUUUAUCUCAGGCUCUCCAGGAGGCCCGGGGGCCGCUCUGUCUAUCGCUCCCCACCCCCGGCUGCACCGCCACUUCAAUGCCCGGCAGGUCGCCGGCUGCUGUUCUUUCGAAGGUGGCGGAGGACCAGGGGCGCCCCGCGCCACUGCCGACUCGGACCGGCGCCCAGGCCUGACCCGCGCCCUUGGGCACCGACGCGGGUGCGCCCGGCGCUUCCCCGUGCGCUCCAGUUCGUUUCUGGCCUGCGAGCGGCAACCUUGGCCAGGAUGGCCCCCGGCCGGGCGGCGGCUGGGCUCCUGCUGCUGGCGGCCGCCGGCCUCGGAGGGGAGGCGGCGGGGCCUGGGCUCGCCUUCAGCGAGGAUGUGCUGAGCGUGUUCGGCGCGAACCGGAGCCUGUCGGCGGCGCAGCUCGGGCGCCUGUUGGAGCAGCUGGGAGCCGCCCCCGUGGAGGGUGCCCCCGAGCCCGGGCUGCUGCACUUCAACCAGUGUUUAUCAGCUGAAGAGAUCUUUUCCCUUCAUGGCUUUUCAAAUGCUACACAGAUCACCAGCUCAAACUUCUCUGUCAUCUGUCCAGCAGUCUUACAGCAAUUGAACUUUCACCCUUGCGAGAAUCGGCCCAAACACAAAACAAAACCAAGUCUUUCAGAGGUUUGGGGAUACGGCUUCCUGUCAGUGACAAUUAUUAAUCUGGCAUCUCUCCUCGGAUUGAUUUUGACUCCGUUGAUAAAGAAAUCUUAUUUCCCUAAGAUUUUGACCUAUUUUGUGGGGCUGGCUAUUGGGACUCUAUUUUCAAAUGCAAUUUUCCAACUUAUACCAGAGGCAUUUGGAUUCAAUCCCAAAGUUGACAACUAUGUUGAGAAGGCAGUUGCUGUGUUUGGUGGAUUUUACAUAUUUUUCUUUUUUGAAAGAAUGCUGAAGAUGUUAUUGAAGACGUAUGGCCAGAAUGAUCAUACCCACUUUGGAAAUGACGAUUUUGGUCCUUCUCAAGAAAAAACUCAUCAGCCUAAAACGUUACCUGCCAUCAAUGGUGUGACAUGUUAUGCAAAUCCAGCUGUCACAGAGCCUAAUGGACACAUCCAUUUUGAUAAUGUCAGUGUGGUAUCUCUACAGGAUGGAAAAAAAGAGUCAAGCUCAUGCACCUGUUUGAAGGGGCCGAAACUCUCAGAAAUAGGGACAAUUGCCUGGAUGAUCACAAUCAGUGAUGCCCUCCACAAUUUCAUUGAUGGCCUGGCCAUCGGAGCCUCCUGCACCUUGUCUCUCCUGCAGGGACUCAGCACUUCGGUAGCCAUCCUGUGCGAGGAGUUCCCUCACGAGUUAGGGGACUUUGUGAUCCUACUCAAUGCAGGAAUGAGCACUCGACAAGCCUUGCUGUUUAAUUUCCUCUCUGCGUGUUCCUGCUAUGUUGGGCUAGCUUUUGGCAUCUUGGUGGGCAAUAAUUUUGCUCCAAAUAUUAUAUUUGCCCUUGCUGGAGGCAUGUUCCUCUAUAUUUCUCUGGCAGACAUGUUUCCAGAGAUGAACGAUAUGCUGAGGGAAAAGGUAACUGGAAGAAAAACCGAUUUUACCUUCUUCAUGAUUCAGAAUGUUGGGAUGUUAACUGGAUUCACAGCCAUUCUGCUCAUUACUUUGUAUGCAGGAGAAAUCGACUUGGAGUAAUAGGAAGUGAAAGAUGGUGUUGUUAAUGAAGGCAUUUAAUAAAUAAAAACAGCUCCAAAGGGAUUUUUAAGCUGAUCCUAUUUAGUUAAAUGAUAAUUUUGUUUUCAGCUGUAGGUCAAGAAAACUGAUUAUUGGUUUCAGAUCUGUGAAAUAGGCCAUUAUUUGUUGUUAAAAAUGCUUCAAAAAGCUUUUAGUUUCAGUCUGAAAAGUCUGAUAUGUGAGAUAUUUGGUAAAUACUCCUUUUUUAUGUUUCAUGCAUACUAAAAAUCAUCACAAAGCAAAAAACAUGCAUUCUAUAAUCAUUUCGACACCAAGACCCAGAGAAAAAUACAAACUAGGCCAUAUAAGCCUGUAAACAUCUAUGGUCAGAUCAAAUGUUCAAGUAGUUUCAGAGUGGUUAUCUUUCAAUUAAUUUGUUCUAGUGCUUUCAUAAGCAAGUACAUCAAAAAUGUGCAAGAGAAUCAGAAUGUAUACAACACAGAUAUAAAUGAUUCUAAGGCCUUAAUGAACCAGAUAUAAAUGAUUCUAAGGCCUUAAUGAGAGAAAGCUUGCUCAUAGCUUUUUAUUUUGUUUUAUAUUUGAGUUAGGAACUUGUAAGAUUGUUUUGAAAACCAUCCUGAAAUAAUAUGAAUUAAGAAAUCAGUAAAGUUUUGUUAGCCCUACUAAGUUCAGACUCAGAUAUUUUUUUCUCUAAAUGUAAACUCUAUCAGAUUCCAUAGAAAGCCAGAAUUGCUUUCUUAUGACUUACAUUAUGGCUGUACCAUGGCAAAUGGCAGAACAGCAUAAAAAGCUGGUGACAACGGAGUUGUAUCCAAUGUGUUUGCUUUGUGAAAGUGAAGAAAAUGUGGGUUUAUAGAAAGAAACUGAGUGUAAUUUUAAGCUAUAUACUUUUAAAGAGGAACACUAUUUAGCAGACGAUAUUUUAAGUAAAUACAGAAUAACAGCUGGACGGCUGUGUGUCAAAGACUGAUUGACUAGGAAAUAAUAUAUUCCUUAUGGGUGAUUGAGAGACACUGAGAAAAUACUUCUUUUGUGUCCAGCCUACAUUUUUCCUAUGUGGUAUACCUUGCAAAAAAACCCCACACACCAUGGUUAUUUUUCUACCUUUUAUCAAAGAUAGAGCCUGUUUAUUUGUUGAGCAGAUGCAGAAAGUUGGUCUACAAUUGAACAUCCUCAGCCUAACUCAUACUCCCAAGUCAUUUAAGGAAAGAUGAUCUGACAGCAAGGAAAAUGAUUGAUAAAAGCCCACAAUGAUCUCAGGAAUUAUAUUUUCCCACAGGCCAUAAAAUGAUGUCACAUAGCAAUAAUGCAGAUGAGAUGAAUAUGUAACAUGUAUGUUAAUGUACAUUUCACUCUAUAACUGACAAUUAAAAAAUAUUGCUUGACCAAGUAGUAAACACCUUUGAAACCU